UUCCCGACCAGGGACACCUCUGAUCAUCACGCAGAGAUUACACUGAGUAUAGGUCACCUACACCCUGUGGCUUCCCCUGGAGAAGGUGAAAAGCCUCCCGUUGCACCAGGUCUCCGAUGUACAGCGAUGGGAGAAUGGACUAUAUUAGAAAGACUUCUGGAGGCUGCUGUGCAACAGCACAGUACUAUGAUAGGAAGGAUUCUGCUGACCGUGGUUGUCAUCUUUAGAAUACUCAUUGUUGCCAUCGUAGGAGAAACUGUUUAUGAUGAUGAGCAGACCAUGUUUGUCUGUAAUACACUUCAGCCCGGGUGCAAUCAGGCGUGCUAUGACAGGGCUUUUCCAAUCUCUCAUAUCAGAUACUGGGUGUUCCAAAUCAUUAUGGUCUGUACUCCAAGCCUGUGCUUUAUAACCUAUUCUGUGCACCAGUCUGCUAAACAGAAGGAAAGGAGGUAUUCCACUGUAUUUCUCACCUUGGACAGAGACCCGGAUACUGUGAAAAGGGAGGACAGCAAAAAAAUCAAGAACACACUGGUUAACGGUGUCCUUCAAAACACAGAAAACUCUACCAAGGAGGCUGAACCAGACUGCUUGGAGAUCAAGGAAAUUCCCAACCCCUCAAUAAGAACCACAAAAUCCAAAAUGAGGCGUCAAGAAGGAAUCUCAAGGUUUUAUAUUAUUCAAGUGGUCUUCAGAAAUGCCCUGGAGAUUGGCUUUCUUGUAGGACAAUACUUCCUAUAUGGGUUCAAUGUGCCCUCUCAGUAUGAGUGUGACAGGUAUCCUUGCAUUAAAGAGGUGGAAUGUUACGUUUCCAGACCGACAGAAAAGACAGUGUUUCUUGUUUUUAUGUUUGCAGUCAGUGGCCUAUGCGUUGUUCUUAACUUGGCUGAGCUAAACCACUUAGGCUGGAGGAAAAUUAAGACGGCAGUCAGAGGUGUUCAGGCCAAGAGGAAAUCUAUUUAUGAAAUCAGAAAUAAAGACUUGCCCAGGAUGGGAGUACCCAAUUUUGGAAGGACCCAGUCUAGUGACUCUGCCUAUGUUUGAGGAUGUUUGAAAAACAACAGAUAAAAACUGGGCCCUUGCAGCCUGAAAAGAAGGGGUAGGUGUCUGAAUAAUGGAAUAUGCCCUUGGACAUGAUCGCCAUUGCACUGAAGGAGAGUGCUGGCUGGUAAUGUUAUUAUCAAUCAGUACCAUUUGCCAGAGUCUUAAUUGGAAGAAGUUUGUGCCCUGGUAGCCGUUACUCAUAUUGUUGCAGUACGAUGUUUGAUAUUAUACCCCUUCAGACAAGCAUUACAGAUUUUCUCUUCGAUAGACUCCUGCACAUUUCAGUCACCGAUGUUGUGGUUACAUUUCUGUAUACAAGCUAUGGGCUAUGUACAGUGUACUGACAUAGCCUGCUAUGGCUACUACAGGAAUAAGAGAGAAGUACUAAAGCCUGAUGACAGACACAAUAUGGCUUUUCACAGAUACUGCCAGGAUGUGUUUUGGAGUUUAGAAAACAACAGUUUUUCAACCAAUUAAAUAAUUACAUAGCCACUCCAUCCUACAAACAGUGCUAUUUGUAGAGGUAUUAUAAAUAACUAAUACUGCCAACUAUUCCUUUCGCUUAUGCAUUGAAACCACUCUCAAGUAGGUUCACCAGAGAAUUACCUGGCAUUUAAAAAAUUAUAAUAUAGCAAUUAUGUUAUUCUGUUGAGCAGAUUAACCAAAGAACAGUGCACCUCUUCUUGACGAUGAUCCACUCAAUAGAAAAACAAUACACAGCCUUAUUUACUGACAUGUUUUAAAAUGAGUAAUUGACAACUUAUACUUAGAAUCUAUACUGACUUUUUUAAUGCCCCCUCUCUUUUCAAGGCAAUUGAAAAGAAGAUUGCAUUUGCCUAUCCCACAAAUUUGACAACAUAUACAUAGUUUCAUAACAUCUUCUUCAGACAAGAUGCUUUCUUGUCUCUCAAUUAUCCUGCCAGCAAGCACGUAUAAGAAAAAGGUGAAAGGUAUUUAAAUCAGAUCUUAACCUAAAAUGUUUUCUUUAGAUUAUGAUAAAGUGGAGUAGGGCUCAAUCCUCCAUGAGAUCGUUACUGGUGUUUCUGAUCACAGUGGGGAGGUGGAUUGGCAGUGGUUGGGACUUCUUGUUCCUUUCUAGAAUUAAAGGAAGAAUUCCUGUGGAGAAUCCAAUACAGGGACAAGAACACCAGCAGUCUGGAGACUUUGCCCCUAGUGGUUUUUGACACCGAUGAAUUGGGAGUGGAGUUGGCAGAUCACCAAUUAAGAUUUUCAGGCAGCAAUAAAGGCUGCUGGGGGGGAUGAACCCUGCAUCUACUGAGAAAACAGGUUUUUAGAUGACAUUAAAUCACUUUACACCUCAAACAAGGCAUACCCUGCUGCUUGCAUGCCAUACAAAGACCUCAUAGUCUAAGCCACAUAACUGGGAUGUUAGGGGAACAGAUAACUUGAAGGGACACUUUAGGGGCUUCCAGUGUAGUUUCUUAAGCAUGUGUCCUAUUGCAUGUUGAACUUUUAGCCUUUCUGCUUGUGUUUGCACCAGAAUAAGAACCCUAUAUAUCAUUUAACAAAUUAUUGUCUUAAACAAAAAAGAUUUUUUUUAUUUUGGCAUAUACAGAAAAAUGCAUCAAAAUGAUGUGUAAUUGCCUUUAUAUUGUAAAAAGAGCAAAUUAUAUAUUUCUCCAGAUCAUAAGAUAUAAUGCAACCUCGAGGUUGACUACAGUGCAAUUUUGAAGUUCCAUUUACAUUAAAAAUAUAUGCAUUUUAAUGGCACAGCUCUAUAAAAGGCAUCUUAAAAUGACACAG